AUAAUGUCGUUCGUCAGAUCCUCCUUUAUCCAUAUAGGGCUCAAGCGCUGUCUUGUGGCUAGAUCUGUUUCGGUCCGCUUACCCGCAUUCUCCCGCAUCGUCCGGUUCAACUCCACGGUCUCCAAGUCCGUGGAUAUCCCGGGCCAGUUGAUCAAGCCGGUGCUUGGCUUUAACCGCUCGCUCCUUGCGGAAAUUGAAAACGACACCCAGACUACGAUUGAGUUGGACGAGGGCUCCAGCUCCUGCGUGAUCAGUGGUGGCGAUGCGGAAAGGGCGGCGCAGUUGAUCGAGACGAUCGUGGCGUCGCUCACGACCGUGAAGCAGUUUCCGUUAAAGUCGCGUUUAGUGCUGCCGUUGGCAGGGGUUCAAGGCUCCACGUUGAAGCGCAUCCAGGACGAGACCGCAACCGUGAUUGUUUUUGAUACCCAGAAAAAUCGCAAGACGUUGGAUAAGACAUGCUACAUCUACUCCGACUCCGAAGCCAACUGCGAAGCAGCCUUCAAGCUUGUUCAGGAGAGAGUCGCAAACUUGCAGGCCACGGCCGUGAAGAUGGAAAUUCCGCACGAGCUCAUGAUGCCGUUGGUCGGUUUGGACGGUAUGGACAUCAAGCAGAUUGAGGGUGAUACUCAGUGCUGGUUCGACAAUACCAGAGAUCGCUCCGCCAUUGAUGCCUCUUUGCGCAUCUGCUACAUCUACUCUGACUCCCCCGCGGGUGUGCCAGCGAUGCAGGAGUGGAUCAACGCCCGUCUUGCUUCUUUGUCAGCGCACAACGAAGAGUUCCGGCUUCCGAUGAAGGACUUUGCCUAUGUGGGUAACGAGUUCCUCGAGUCCUUGGAAUCCUCUCACCCAGGGGCCAAGAUCUUGAGCGAUGGCAGUCUCAGAAACAUGAGAACCGACAGAGGCCUCCCCACGCCGAAGCUCACGAUAAAGAUUUUCGGUACCGACGCGGACCAAAUCUCCGAAAUCAAACGCGCCAUCCAGGAUAGAAUCGACAAUCUCAAGCGCAACAGUCUCAGCAUCACCUGCUCCAAGUCAAAAUUUAACGUGUUGGUCGGCCACAAGUGGGCCCGCACUACUCCGUUUGCCCAGCAAGGCGUCAAGUUUGUCAGAUACAACGAUAAGAGCGGCGCGGCACUCAGAAUCUUUGCCGACGACAUGGACAAGGCGCGUGAGGCGUACGAGUGCAUCCGUCUCGCCUUCAACUCCUUGGCCGAGGGCAAGGUCACCAUCCCCGCUAGGUUGAUCACCUUCAUGCAGAAAAGACAGGCGGGGAUUGAGGCGAAACACGAAGUCAUGAUUACCGACCAGAUAUUUUCCCAGAGCGGUGAUUUGAAGUGGAUGAUCCAUGCCGACCCAGAGGUCUUGGCGGAGGUCCAGGCGCUGAUCAAGCAGCAAAUCCAACAAUUGAAUGAAAACACAAAGUUUGCGGUGGUACCUACGAAGGUUGCGGACAAGCUCACCGAUGAGCAUGUAAAUGGGUUGCAGGCUGAGUUUUCCGGUUUGCUGUUCAUGCCGUACCAGGCGGAAGUCGACGGGGAUAAGUACAUCUUUGUUGUCGGUGAGGACCCUGCAGUAGUGGAGGAGGCUGUGGUGCGGGCCCAGGAAGUGAUUGACAAGUUGUAAUGUAUAUAGUAAUAUUUGAAUGAAAAGAAACGUGACACCGUGUGUCUGAAAGGAUAUUUCAAGGUGGAACGGAUCCUUGGUCGGGAAAGGUGAAGGUGAUGAAUUUAGCGAUCUAAGUCUGUGAGUAGUAGGGAGUAUAGUUAAGGAUUUGUGUCGAGAAAGGUUAC